AUGUCGCUUAAGAUCAAUGGCUUCGAUGUUGACGUAACCCCAGUCAUUGCACCAGGGGCUAAGGAGGCAGGUCCUUAUGACCCUCUAAAUCCUUCAGUGACGGUCCUGCCCAAGGGCCACAAAAGGACACCGGCAAACAAGGCUUUCGAAGUCGACACAAUUUUUGAGAAGGAUAUUGUUCUUCCCAUGCGAGACGGCAUCAAGCUGUACGCUGACGUCUUUCGACCGAAGACUGAUGAAAAAGUUCCAGCUGUCCUCAUCUGGAGUCCAUACGGCAAGACUGGAAAUGGACCUCAUGGUCUCGGCAUGAUUCCUGGCCGAUUCGGUGUGGGAGAAGAUCAGGUCAGCGGCUAUGAGAAGUUCGAAGGGCUGGACCCUGCUGUCUGGCCAGCUAGGGGGUACGCUAUCAUUAACGUUGACCUGCGAGGGUCAUGGGACUCCGAGGGAAUUAUUCCAUGGGUAGGCAACCAAGAUGGACAGGACGGAUAUGAUGCCAUCGAACACGUCGCCAAGCUUGAAUGGUGCACAGGUAAGGUCGCCCUCGGCGGCAAUAGUUGGCUCGCCAUGGUUCAGUGGCAGAUUGCUUCUCAGCAACCUCCUUCACUCGCGGCUAUUGCACCGUGGGAAGCCAAUGCGGACUUCUAUCGCGACACGCUCGCCCGUGGUGGCGUACCAUAUCCUUACAGUGCCAUGUGGAAGCUCCUACAAGAUCUGAUGGUUGGCCGCAAUGCUGCUGAGGCCCCCAUCUCGAUGCUGGAGAAGUACCCUCUGUUUAAUGAUUACUGGGAGGACAAGAGCGUCAAGCUUGAGAAGAUCCAGGUUCCUACCUACGUUCUGGCGAGCUUUUCAACGGCGCUUCAUACUACUGGCUCUAUUCGUGGGUAUCAUGAUAUCUCUUCCAAGGAUAAAUGGCUCCGGAUUCAUGCUAAGCAGGAAUGGUCCGACUUAUAUCAUCCUGACAGUGUUGAUGAUCUGAACAAGUUCUACGACUACUUCGUCAAAGGAGUCAAGAAUGAUUGGCCGAGCACCCAGAAGGUCAGAGGAUCCUUAGUUGGCUUCAAUCUGCCCAACAUCAGCAAUGUCCCCCUGGAAUCAUAUCCUAUUCCCAACACAAAGCACACAAAGCUCUACCUCGGUCCAGGCGAGAAGCUUGAAACAGCCUCGCCAAAGGAUCCAAGCACCGUGUCGUAUGAUGCAGCGUACCUCUCCAAGCACCCGCUUGAAGGCGGCGAGGAGGUACUCUUUAGGUACAGGUUCACCAAGAAGACAUGGCUUAUUGGUUACUCAUGGCUCAACAUCAGCAUCUCCAACGAUGGCGAUGAUGAGAUUGACGUGUUUGCUCAACUUGGCAAGCAGGAUGCUUCAGGAACUCAGUUGGUCAACAUGAACGUCCCUUUGAAGGACCUUAUUCCUCCUGUUGAGAAGCAUACAGACGCGGCGGACACCUGUUUCCUCAAGUACCUAGGCCCCACAGGCUCUCUACGAGGUAGUCAUGCUGUGACAAAAGUGACACCUGAGCCUGGGAGGUUCACGGGUGACUGGCCUGAGUAUACCAACACCAGUCGAAAACCUAUCCCUGCUGGCACUGUUGCAAAGCUUGAGAUUCCCAUCUGGCCUGCGGGUAUUAUUUUUGAGGAGGGAGAGUAUUUGACUUUGAAUGUCUCGGGUCAUUAUAUGAGUUUCAUGGAGUUUGAUUUCCUGUACGGGGCUGCUCAUGCGAACAAGGGCCGUCAUACCAUCCAUAUUGGAGCCGACUCUGACAGUCAUCUAGUGGUUCCUCUACUGGACCCUCUGGCUUAG